AUGAUAUCUCGAUCAUAUAAAGAUGCUAUAAGUGCCUUAAACACAUUACAAACCAAUUCUCAAGUAUUAAGAACUAUCUCAAAUUCAAAAGAGGAUUUAAAUAAACAAUCAUUAUCACAAAUGGUAGAAUGGUUACAUAGAAUAGGAUACAAGAUUGAUGAUGUCAACAAGCUAAAUGUUAUUCACAUUGCAGGAACAAAGGGAAAGGGCUCUACAUGUGCGUUUAUAUCGUCUAUUUUAGAGCAAUUGAGAAAUCAAUAUAAAAAGUCUAUACGAUUUGGAAUGUAUACAUCUCCUCACUUAGUAGCUGUGCGAGAAAGGAUUAGAAUUAAUGGGAUUCCUAUCUCUGAGACGUUAUUUGCAAAAUAUUUUUUUGAAGUUUGGGAUUGUUUAGAAAAAACUGCUAUUGAAAGGAAACUAGAUCCUACAAUUAAACCAUCUUACUUUCGCUAUUUAACGCUUAUGUCAUGGCACGUAUUUAUUUCAGAAAAAGUAGAUACCUUAAUUAUGGAGACAGGAAUUGGAGGAGAAUAUGAUUCAACAAAUAUUAUCCAGCAUCCUACUGUAACAGGUAUUACUAGCUUAGGAAUAGAUCAUGUUCCAAUAUUAGGUAAUACUAUUGAAAAAAUUUCAUGGCAUAAAGGAGGAAUAUUUAAAAAAAAUGUUCCAGCAUUAACUGUUGAACAAUCAAUACCGGCUUUAAAUGUACUAAAAAAAAGGGCAUCUGAACGCAAGGCUCUUUUUUCUGUUAUCACUAUUAACCCAGAUUUAAAGAAAAUUAAACUUGGUUUAUCUGGUGAUUUUCAAUAUAUUAAUGCAUCACUUGCUUUUGCACUUGUAUCUUAUCAUUUACCUUAUCUAAAUAUUCCUUCUUUAAAUUCUUUAUAUACUGUGUUUGAUACUAUAAAGACAGGCCUUGAAAAUGCAUCGUGGCCUGGAAGAUGUCAAUUGCGCAAAGAAGAUAAUAUUUCUUGGUAUAUGGAUGGUGCUCAUACGACUGAAAGUAUAAAAGAAGCUGUUAUUUGGUAUACAAAUUCUAUUUUCUUGUCAAACAAUUCACCUAGGAAAUUUAUAUUAAUAUUCAAUCAACAAACUCGAGAUGCUGCAGUAUUAUUGGAAUCUUUAUACAAUUCUAUAAUUGAAAAAAUAGGUGAGAAUCCGUUUUAUAUGGUUAUAUUCCCAACAAAUGUUACAUGGAAAGAUGGCACAUAUGAUGAAGAUCUUGUAAAUAUUAAUUCUGAUAUUAAACAAAUUAAAAGUCUUAAAAUACAAUAUAAUUUAAGAGAUUAUUGGAUCAAAUUGAAUGGUAAUAAUGCAUUAAUUAACGUUAUAGACAAUAUAGAGGAUACUGUAAAUUUAGUUCGUUCUCAGGCUACUUUAUUUGAUAUUGAUGUAUUUAUAACUGGGAGUUUACAUUUAAUUGGAGGCUUUCUAACCGUUCUUGAUAGACCUAAAUCUUAA